GUGUUAAGAGUAUACAAAGCUUCAGUACAACAGACACUGGAUAUACUCUUUCUCCAUGAAGGAAAAGAAUUUCUUACAAGCACAGAUGCAGUGAGCCGGGACUCAGCUGAUCGUACCAUUAUGGCAUGGGACUUCCUAAGUGCUGCAAAAAUCUCCAAUCAGAUUUUUCAUGAGCGUUACACUUGCCCAAGUCUGACUCUGCACCCAAAAGAGUCCGUGUUUGUUGCCCAAACAAAUGGGAACUACAUGGCUUUGUUUUCUGCCCAGCGACCUUACCGAAUCAACAAAAAGAAAAGAUAUGAAGGACAUAAGGUGGAAGGAUUUGCAGUGGGCUGUGAAUUUUCUCCAGAUGGAACACUUCUGGUGACAGGAAGUUCAGAUGGCAAAGUGUUUUUCUACAACUAUCAUACUGCCAGGAUUAUUCGCACUUUGUCUCCGCAUAAAGAAGCUUGUGUGAGUGCAAUAUUCCACCCAGUCUUACCAUCGCACCUUGCAACAUGUGACUGGGCUGGAGAAAUCAAGAUCUGGCAAUAA